GUAUAUAUGGUGAGACAGCUUUUAUUCGGUACCUAACUGUGUUUCUUCCACAAUUCAAGUGAAACCUGUAAGGUUUAACCACCAAAAGCAGCUCCAGAUGCUCUUGUAACAUAUGCAAGCUGUGACACAUUCCCAGGCAUAAUUGGAUAUGAUGCAAGAAGCCUUGCCACGUUCAUCUUGAAUGUUGAAAAUACAAAAAGAUGUUAGUGGAAAAUUAAGAAAAGGGAGAGAGAGAGAGAGACAUUUAGGAGCAACGCCUCUGAAAGAAAAAGCAAACUGCAUUUUGCCUGACUGAGAGGACUGGGAAGAUCUCCUUGCAAAAAGAAGAAUGGCAGGAGUCUGGGUAUUUGUUAUUGCUUUUCCUUUAUGCCUUUUGAUUCUGUCCUACCUGAAAGUUCUCUGGGCGCACAGAAGUUUCCCGCCUGGACCAUUUCCUCUUCCUCUCAUCGGAAGCCUGUGGUGGAUUGGGCUUGGACUUCAUCCAGACAGUUUAAUGAAGCUUUCUAAGGUAUAUGGGAACAUUUGCACGCUCUGGGUGGCCCAUCAUCCUAUUGUAGUCCUGUCUGGGUUCCAAACGGUGAAAGAAGGCUUGAUCAACCAUUCAGAAGACCUGCUUGACCGACCUUUGACCCAUUUCCUGAUUAAGGCCUUCAAGAAAAAAGGUAUUGCAUUUGGAAACGGACAGAGCUGGAAGCAACAGAGACGGUUUGGUAUAGUUACUAUGCGGACCCUUGGACUAGGGAAGAAAGGCAUGGAGUACGAAAUUGAAGAGGAGGCCCAUCGCCUUGUGGAGGCCUUUGCACGGACAAAAGGGCAGCCGCUUGACCCUUCAGUACUGAUCAGUAAUUCUGUCUCCAGUUUGAUAAAUGUUGUCUCUUUUGGAUACCGAUUUUCUCCUGAAGAUGAAAAGUUCCGGAGGAUGAUAGCAGCGAGUGACUAUUUCGAAAGAUUUUCAGUCAGCUUUUAUCAUGCUCUGUAUAACCUUUUCCCAGGGAUCAUGAAACAUCUCCCAGGGCCUCACCAGAAGGCCUUGUCCUGCAUGGAAAUGGGGAUUUUGUAUGCAAAAGAGGAGAUUGAUAAACACAAAGAGAAUCAGAACGAACAUGAGCCCCAGGAUUUCAUUGAUUUCUAUCUACUUCAAAUGGAGAAAAGCAAGGAUGAUCCCAAUUCUACCUUUAGUGAAGAGAACCUCACUCAAAUUCUUGUCGACCUCUUUGUUGCGGGUACAGAGACCACUUCCAGUACUUUGCAAUGGGCACUGCUUCUCAUGGUGGCUUACCCAGAUGUCCAAGAUAAAGUCUACAAAGAGAUAGAAGAUGUUUUGGGUUCCUCUCACCCAAUCUGUUACGAAGAUCGGAAGAAAGUGCCGUACACCAACGCUGUGCUUCAUGAGACCCAGCGGGCCAAAUAUAUCUUACCAGUUGGGAUCCCCAGACGAUGUUCAAAGGACUUCAAGAUGCUUGGCUUUCACAUUCCAAAGAAAACCCUUGUUGUGACAGAUCUGAACUCUGUUCUUCUAGAUCCCAAGCAUUGGGAGACCCCUGAAGAAUUCAACCCAAACCAUUUUAUGGACAAGGAGGGAAAUUUUGUCUCUAGAGAAGAGUUCUUGCCAUAUGGAGCAGGAGCUCGAGUGUGUCUUGGGGAGCAGAUGGCGAGGAUGGAGCUUUUCCUUUUCUUUACCAACUUGCUGAGGGCCUUCAAAUUUCAGCUUCCCGAAGGAGUGAAAGAACUGAACAAAGAGCCAGUAGUUGCAAUAUCAAUGCACCCCCACCCUUAUAAACUCUGUGCGAUUCCCCGCAAUAGUUCAUGUCAAAUUAUAUGACACUUGUUUGUAGUAGAUUAUUUAUUACUGUACAUGUGCCUUUUGUUCCACUUUUGUCUGUCUGGCAGUCUGUCAUAACUUGCUUGUCCUUAGAUUAUCUGUGUCCUUAGAUAUUAUCUAGUUCAUCAGAAUGUCAGGCAAAUCUAUCGUGGCUAAAUCACUUGGCACCUAGGACUAAAUUUAAAUGACUCUCUGCCAUAAGCACUUUGUCACCCUCCUUCACAUGUAUUGAACUUUGGGGAUGUUUUUUAACUGAUUGUGGGGCAAUUGGGGCUCCAGCUACACCCCCAUAUAAUGCAGUUUGAAACAACACUGGACUUCAUUAUAUGACAGUGUAGAUGGGGCUUGAGUUAGCUCAGAAUAAUUGCAUUCUACCAUUACAGACAAACCUUGUUUCUGGCAAUUGUACAUGGAUUAUAUACAGGAAAAAAAUCGCAACAUUGACCUGAAACUUGGCAGUCUUGGAGAGGGCUGUGUGAGGAUGACCCAUAUCAGAUAUGAGAGAAUAAAGCUAGAACUAACUUAUAAAUUUAAAGUGAUGUCUGGUAGUUUGAUUUGUUUUAUCCCCAGAUCUCAAUGCCCGUUUUUCAGUUACUUUAGAAAAAUCUACCCAUCCCUCUCUGCACAAGCUCAGAAUCACAUUAUCAUCUCAGAACACAAAUCUAGUUCAAUGCAUUAAAAAAACUUUCUUAAAUUGA